CGGAUCGCAGAUUCUCGCUUGUCUUUUGGUAAAUCCGAAAGCUGAGAGCAACUAAUCCAAAAUAAAAUUAAAAUUUAAUUUCGCGAAACAAGCCAAAAAAAAAACAAAAAAAGCCCUAACAGUCGUCGAACCAAAGGUUUCUUCUUCCUUGGUUACAGCACACACGGAGGUGCGUCACGAAAAUCGGAUCGUCUGAAGCAGUUCCGAUUACUCACCAAUGGCUUAUGCGUCACGUAUCAUCAAUCAUUCUAAGAAGUUGAAGGAUGUUUCCACUUUACUGCGGCGUGAGCAUGCUGCCACAGUCCGCUAUUUCUCGAACACUAAUCGGGCUCCUCUAAGCAGAGAAGAUACUUUCAGUGCCCGUCUUGGUUUUUCCCCAGUGGAGAGGAUUUCUAAAUAUAGCACCGACACUGUUCCGGUGGCUAUUAGUUUUUCAUCUACAAAAACAAAACUAAACAGUACAAUGGGAAGGCCAAGACAUGGAAAAGAAUUUUCAUGUUCGAUGCAAUCAGUUAGAGGAUUUUCAUCGGGUUCAGAUCUGCCUCCUCACCAGGAGAUCGGGAUGCCUUCCCUCUCGCCAACAAUGACUGAGGGUAACAUUGCCAGGUGGCUGAAAAAAGAAGGUGAUAAAGUUGCUCCUGGUGAAGUACUUUGUGAAGUUGAAACUGAUAAAGCAACCGUCGAAAUGGAAUGCAUGGAAGAUGGCUAUCUCGCCAAGAUUGUAAAGGCAGAGGGGUCUAAAGAAAUUCAAGUCGGGGAGGUAAUUGCUAUUACAGUUGAAGAUGAAGAGGACAUUGGAAAGUUCAAAGAUUACACCCCAUCAUCUACUGCUGAUGCUACUCCUCCUAAAGCAGAACCAGCUCCUCCCCCACCAAAGGAAGAGAAGGUUGAACAGCCAUCAUCGUCUCCUGAACCAAAGACUUCCAAGCCUAGCACACCUCCCACAGGAGAUCGUGUUUUUGCUAGUCCUCUUGCAAGAAAGUUGGCUGAAGAUAAUAAUGUGCCUCUUUCAAGGAUCAAAGGCACAGGUCCUGAAGGACGGAUAGUGAAGGCAGAUAUCGAGGAUUACUUGGCUUCAAGUGGUAAAGAAGCAACUGCGAAGCCAUCUAAGUCCACUGAUUCCAAGGUUCCAGCUUUGGACUAUGUUGACAUCCCUCAUUCUCAGAUACGAAAGGUCACAGCCUCACGUUUGGCAUUCUCAAAGCAAACUAUCCCUCACUAUUACUUAACCGUCGAUGCAUGUGUUGACAAACUAAUGGGUCUGAGGAGUCAGCUCAAUUCAUUCCAAGAGGCUUCUGGUGGGAAACGGAUAUCUGUCAAUGAUCUUGUUGUUAAGGCUGCUGCAUUAGCUCUCAGAAAAGUUCCUCAGUGCAAUAGUUCAUGGACUGAGGAUUACAUCCGCCAGUUUAAAAACGUAAACAUCAACGUCGCAGUGCAGACAGAAAAUGGGCUGUAUGUUCCUGUUGUGAAGGAUGCUGACAAGAAAGGUCUGUCCACAAUUGGAGAAGAAGUUCGGUCGUUGGCUCAAAAGGCAAAAGAAAACACCUUAAAGCCAGAAGAUUAUGAGGGAGGAACAUUUACGGUCUCUAACUUGGGAGGACCAUUUGGGAUCAAGCAGUUCUGUGCAGUCGUUAAUCCGCCUCAAGCCGCCAUUCUAGCAGUUGGAUCUGCUGAAAAGAGAGUUGUCCCUGGUAACGGUCCAGAUCAAUUCAACUUUGGUUCUUACAUGCCUGUAACACUGAGCUGUGACCAUCGCGUAGUAGACGGUGCCAUUGGAGCUGAAUGGUUGAAAGCAUUCAAAGGCUACAUCGAGAACCCUGAAUCUAUGUUGCUCUAAAGGAGAAAGAACCACACAAAUGACAAAACAACACAUCAAAAGCUCAUAAGAGUCUCUGAUCUCGCAUAUAUCUGGUUUUAACACUGUACCAAUUUGAUUUAUCUGUGUUUUGUACGUUAAAUCUCUGUUUUUUUUUCUUCUUAUAUCUUUGAGUUAAAACAGAUCUUGUUUCUCGGAAUAAAUAAGGGGGACGAUUCAGCUUUUCUACUGUAACUGGAUUUUAGGGUGAUCAUGCCAAAUAAACCCCAUCAUU